AUGGCCGAGGCCGACUCGCCAUGUUCACCUUUUUCGCCUAUAUCUAAUACUUCUGUUUGCGGUUUCUCUUUAUUGUCAGCGACGAUCACUUGUUGCGUGAUACAAAUUUUCGGCACAUUAACCUUUGGGAUCCUUUAUCAAAUCAUGCUUUCCGCGUCGCCGGUCGUCACUAUUUUACUCUAUAUACACAUUUUUUGCUCAGGCUUGGCACUAGCUUUUCUCAUUUUAUUGUUAACAAGGCGAAAAUUUGGCUCAUUUUUCGAAGUGCUCUUACACGCUUUCUUGUUGAGUGUGCUUUUGACUGCACUCGCAUCUCUCUUCUCGGUGAUGUACUUACCUUUGUCAUUCCUUCAACAAACCCAUUCCGUUCAUGAAGGUCUUCACUACUUGUGUCUUUUGGUCGGAGCAGCCACUUUUCUUGGCUUUCAAUUUUUCCUCCGAAAUCUCACCGAACAAAUGUUGCCCUACAUGGAGCAUCAUUUUCGU